GGGGUUGAAGGAGGCAGACAGGAAGGAGAGGGGGGGAGGAGGGAAAAAAGGGACGUACAGCUCUAUCUACCACUCUCACACGCGCGCUCACACACAACCCAGCGGUGAGGUGGAAGAGAGAGAGGGAGAGAAAGAGAGGAUGAGCGGCAGCAGCAGGGGGAAGAAGAGAGGAAAACAAAGAGGCAUCGCCGUGCACCAGCUCGCCGCGUGCCGCUGACGGCAAAGAGGACAAGGGGAAGCGAAGGACAGGAGCGAGCAAGGGGGGAGGACAAUAUAAGGGUCCGGCCGUGACUUUGUGACAUAGAGGGAGAGAGCGACGGAGUGGACCAAAGAGUCAAAGGAAGACCACAUUUGGUUCUUUUGCAGGGAGGGCACAGGAAGAGACAGAGGAGGAGAGGAUUGUCUGGCUUUUUUAUAUUAAUAUGAACGAUUAGGCUAUAUAAAUAGAGGUGGUGAUCAUCUGAUUGAAUAGAGACAAUCACGUUUUUCAAUGUAUGUCUUAUGAAAUAAUGUAUUUGUAUGUCCAGUUUUUUUUCAUGAAAUAGAGAACAACACUGUUCAUUGAAAGAACUUAGGUGGCUAAGAGCCACGAAGUAGCCGGUGAAAGAAGCACGGUUCUUCUCGGCCACGCUGCAAAUCUUUCACCAUGUGUUUGCGGUCCUUGCAGCAGAAAUUAAGCGGAGCAUUCGAGGGAAACUCAACUCAGACAUUGCUUGUUUAAUUAUCUCUCGUUAGCUGUACCUAAAACUGGCAUAUGCAGAGACAGAGAAACACACGCACGCACUGACAGUCAGUUGUUUGAUAUGCAAUCUGUGUUGCAGUGAGCCAGGUGCAUUGUACCUGCUACUGUAACAAUGGGAAUCAUUUUGAUGUAAUUUAUUUCACGGUGGACUAUAUUAUAACACGUGUGUGGAUAUGCGUUGUUGAGAGCAGUCCAUGAUCCCAUUUGAAAUGGCACCAACGCAAAGUAGACUGUGUUUAAGCCUCUGUCUGGUGCCGUCUAUGUUGGCAUGUCGACAUUGAUUAGCUAUACGGCCGGCGUGACGAUUGCAAAUCUUUAGACGUAUCUCAGAGUUCACUGCCGGCCACCGACCCGUCUGAGUUCCCGGGAAGCGUCAGCGCCGACACCGGUGAAGUGACGCGGGCAGAGCUGCUAUUAGGUACAGCAGAUCUCCUAGUGCCAGCCUUGUCAUCUGUUGUUUGGGCUGGAGAAUUGUGUCUGGCUGCAUUCCCUUCCUAAAUUCAAUUCGUCGCUAUAGCAACACGGUGGCGCGAGAACUUCUUAUUCCGUCCUUUUGUCGGGACGUUAGGGUGCUCGUGUGUUCUCUCAGCACCCAGUACUCCGUUACCCAGGGUUACCUGCUUGGUUAAGAAUGUCGGCUGAUUAGACUUGGAGCGCUGUGGGGAUUGUGGACUCGGUCACUCUGUAAGGCUUGUUCCGAGUGGUUGGAAAACCACUACAAGUUGACUUAUUUGCACGGUAUUCUCUAGGGUAGCUUGGUGUUGCUUCCCCCCCCCCCCCCAUUGGUAUGUAGUGUCUAGUAUGUGUUUGCUUUAAAUAUAGGCUAUGUGUGUAUGUCUGUAUUUUACAAAAACUGUAGGACACUCAGGCUCCGGGGUCUCUUCAAGGGACUCUAACCUUCACUGUGUUGCUCCAACCUGCACUAACUAAACAGUGAACACCAGGUCAAUCGUGAAUCUUAACAAUCUACACUGGUGCUCAUCCUUUGUCCUUUCUGUGGAAUUUGUUUCGCUCAACUUACAGCGGUGCCCUCAAACUGGUGCUCACCCAGGUGCUGAACUGGUGCUCACCCAGGUGCUGAACUGGUGCUCACCCAGGUGCUGAACUGGUGCUCGUCAGAGAAUGUCUGUGUAGACGGACUACACUGACGCUGUCAGCUUUUAAGCAGUUCAGACGGGCAGAUGAUCGUUUACUUUCCUUGCGUCAGGACCCUUAUUCUCAGUCAUUACCUCUGAUUUUUGGGGGUGUUGGGUUUAAAAAGCUGGCAUUUAACCACACUGCAUUAACAACUGGAGCACUUGUGAAGAACAUCAUUCUUUUCUCUUCUGUAUAUACAAAAACCGAUCAGCACCAGUUUUUAAGGGACACUGGGCAUUACCUCCACAGCACUGUUCAUACGUUUUAUUAUUAUUAUUAUUAUUAUUGUUGUUGUUGUUGUUGUUGUUUGAGGAGUUUUUGUGGAGUUUGUGUCUGCUGUUUUUUUUCUUUCUUGGGUUUACUCCUCUGGACUGGUUCCUCUCAGAGACAGUGUUAUCAUUGGUGCCAUGUUGCAUUAGCAUCAGACUGUUCCCAGCUCGGUGCACUGCACUUCUGUCCAAUGCACUCUUUUUCAAUUCCAUCAUUUCUGUUGGAAUUUGAUGCAAUUCUUUUCUCUUUUUUACGCACUCAGACACACAGCAGCAUACACACAGCUGCACUGUUUUAAACUCUCAGUGACAGGACAUAGGGUUUGAAUCCAUCAUUGGACACAACACUUCUGUGGAAUUAUAUCAUAACUAAGCUGAUCAUAUCCAACUUCUUUUUUUAUGUUACUAUUCCUAUAUGUACAAAACACGUAAGUGAUGAUUCACAACGGAAUGUAGCUGAUUCCUUUUCACACUUUGUUUGAUUGAACAGACCUCGUAGUUGCUUUGAAUCGGUCAUAGGCUGCUCAAUCACCCAGCACGGUCACAGAUCCUGAUCGUCUGCAUUGCCAGUCAGAACCUUGGAGGCAGCGCUGAUGUGUGCGUAUGUGUGUGUGUGCAGAUAGUGAUGUUGCUGUCCUGUCGACUUUAGCUUCCUGCCACUCAAACUCAGUCCAUCAGGAGGAGUAUCCGGGUGUUUGUGGGGACAUGCACCUUCUGCAAGACGGCAGAACUUAAGCGAUGACCUUUGUACCCUUCAGCCGCUUCAAUACCUACAGUUUGAGCUUUUAAAGAAGAAGGAGACAUAAAGACUGUUGCAAACAUCACUCACUGCUUACUGUGACAUUUUAGUCUGUGUCAGAGUAACAUUUUACUCCUGGACUUUGAAGAACAAAAUUACCAGUGGUUAUUUUCUGUAGUGUUCUUCUGCCGUACUCAGAUCAGUGGACACGGCAGACAACGUGUCUAUGAGGCAACAGUUAUUAUGAGUUACAUAACAGUGUGAAGAGGGGUAGUGUUCAUCUGUAUAACAUUAAUGUGAUUUGGGUCCUGACUAGAUUCAUUCUCAGGUGUCUAGGUUGGAGAUAUUGUGUGUGUGUGUGUGUGUGUGUGUGUGUGUGUGUGUGUGUUGAGGGGGUGUGAGGGACACGGUGGAGUGUUAACAUAACGAGGGUGUGAUUGAUCUCAUGGUCACGCCUAACGAGUCAAAGCUUCAGGGAUCCCUGGGAAGGGACUACAAAUUGGGCCAAUCAGGUUUCAUUAGCCUUCUAACAACAGCCCUGUGGAGCAUCAUCAUCAUUGUUCUGGACAGCUGGUGAUUCUUCUGUCUCUAUCUUUCCAUCAGCUCUCCCUCUCUCUCUCUUUGAAAGACACAGAAGCAUUGGUCUUACACAAAUUAGAUCAUAUUCUCAAGUUUCCGCACUUAAACUCAGUGAGCUAGGUCUGUUUUGGACGAGAACACGCUGUGUUAGGGACUAGAGACUAGUUCCGUGGUGCUGUAGUUCUUAUCAUAUCCACCGUGAGGUCCUUUCUUUCUGUGAUCUUCUAUGUUUACUGGUAUAAUUGGGGUUCACGGACCGAUUGCUGCAAACACAAGCCUGAGCUACACAGCCAUACUCCUCAGAGCCAAAGAGACUGCAUGGAGCUCUAACAGGACGGGGUGAACUUCAUCGAGUUCAUUGCUUUCUUCUUCUCUCGACCAGCCUUCUUUUUUUUUUUUUAUAAGUGUGAUAUAUUUAUCAGUCUUUGUAUUUAUUUAGUUGUAUAUAUUGGUUGAUUGUUGAUUGAUUGGCACACCUGAGGAUUGAGGUUAAUAGUGUGAUAAUAGUCAGAUAAUAGUGUGAAAGAGUAAAACAGAAACGGUAGUUUUUUUUAUAUUUUAUAAAAAAAACUAAAGUAAAAAGAAAAAGGUGAGCAGCAGGGCAGCCUGGAGAACGGCAAGGUAGACGAGGGAGGGGGAGAGGGAGGGGGCGAGAUUGUCUGGAAGAAGCGCCAGGAGGUGCUGGAGAGGGAGCGCGAGCGGGAGAGGCAGCGGGCGAGAGAGGCGGCGGGGUGCAUCGUGUGGCAGCUCCGUGACGGCUUUCAGGAGCCACGACGCAACGGGGAGGAGCAGCAGCAGCAGCGAGGGCGGCGGGAAGGGCAAGGGGGCGCGGAGAGAGGAGGAGGGGGGCGCGAGACGCAGCCGGAGGUGAUCUGGAAACGCAGGGAGGACGAGGAGGAGGAGAGGGCGCGGGAGAGACAGCACAUGGUAGGGGGCGAGAGGGCACAGCAGUCCAUCUGGAGGAAGAGAGAGAGAGAUUGACAGAAGCCCAUGAAGAGGAGGUAGGGAGAGGAGGGGACAGACAAAACCUGUGAAAGAGAGAGAGAGAGAGAGGCGUGGAGCUGCGUGCAUUUCCGGCGGAGCUCUCGGCUUACUACUGAGUGUGUGGGCUGUUUUGUGUGUGCGUGCCGGAUGGUAGCAGCUGACGAGCUGGGGCGUGAGAGUCCAGCGUUCCUAUAGUUAGAGUCAGACAGACCUCGGCUACUGUGUCCGUUGUGGCCUGGUGACGCCGGCUGUGCAGACACAUCGGCCCACUGCUUUGAUCCUGCUUCGGAGAAGUUGAGUUGAGCUGCACUGUGUGUAGUUCUCACUGUUCAGUCGAGAGUGUAUUUCUCCCUCUGAACAGGCUCUGUCUGCUCUAAGCUCUCUGGUACAUUUAGUCAAGUCUUAGCUCUUAGCUCUUAUACAUCCUCUCGCUUCCCCUCUCUCUCUCUCUUUCUGUAUUGAUCCGUCUGUUCAGUGCAUGGCCCCUUUUCCUGACUCUAGGCGACUAAUAGGCUUUUUUAUGGGGUGCUGUCCGACAGGAACCACUAGAGGAUAGCUCUGCACUAAUACACACACACAUACACACACACACACACACACACACACACACACAUGCAUAUAGCGUGUUGUAGGUUUUUUUCCCCAGACUGACAAUCAUCGUUGGAAGUGGUGCUGUAGUGAUAUUACUAUGCAGGCUCUGCCUUUUUCUCUUCCCAUAACUACUUCAGUAGUCUAAACUGAAACAACGGUUACAAUCCUUUUGCACUUCUCUAUUUUUCCCUCUCUUUUUGCACUUCUCACUCUUUCCUGUGUGCACUAUUUUUUGCUGUUUUUUUUUUUUUUUUUCUCUCCGUACUGACGUGGUCACAAACUGUUUCGAAAAACAAACUGUUGCGUUGAUGAUGAAAGCAUCAAUGUACCAAGAGACUUACAGGACAUUGAGUGAGAAGAGAGGCUGUCUGUGCAGUUCAGACGAGACUUUCAGGAGGCCGAUCGAAUAGCCUAUAAAGAACACCUCCCUCCUCAUCUCUCAACCCUGAUAGGCGCCAGAUGGAGCUGGUCCCUAAGACUAAGUACAGCCACUUCAGGAGCGAGUCCCUCAGCUCGACGGAUGAGAGCACCUCCUCCCUUCUGCCCUCGGCCCCCCUCACCCCUCUCACCCCCCUGGGCAUCCCCUCCUCGCUCUCGUCCUCCUCCCUCACCCCCAUCCUCCCGCCAACUUCCCCGCGGCAGGCGGAGAACAGCCCCACCACGCUCUGCUCCUUCUUCCCCAGGAUGGGCGCCCUGCGCCUGGGCGUCUCGGCCGGCCUGCUCCCUGGCCUCAAGGCCUCCAGCAGGCCGGGCCCCGGGGAGGCCCAGGCGGCGCCGGUGGCGGCCGAGGGCGGAGGGGGACGGGUGGGAGAGGCAGUGGUGGAGCUCCCCCUGGCCCCCCUGGCUCUCCCAGCGCUGGCCCUGCUAACGGACCCCUCUCUGCAGGAUAUGAACCGGCUUGGCGGAGCGUCGCGGCGCGUGCGCGUGGAGGGCGGGCAGCUGGGCGGCGACGAGUGGACGCGCCACGGCUCUUUCGUCAACAAGCCCACGCGCGGCUGGCUGCACGCCGACAAUGUGGUCACCACCACCGGGGUCUCCUACACCGUCAGGUAUAUGGGCUGUGUGGAAGUGCUGCAGUCCAUGAGAGCUCUUGACUUCACCACCAGAACUCAGGUCACAAGGGAGGCAAUAUCUGUGGUGUGUGAAGCCGUACCAGGUGCCAAAGGAGCUCAGAGGAGGAGAAAGGUACAGCCCACCACACGUUGCUUGUCCUCCAUCUUGGGCAAGAGCAACUUGCAGUUUGCAGGAAUGACAAUCAGCCUCACCGUCUCCACAAGCAGCCUCAACCUACUGGCAGCUGACUGCAAACAGAUUAUUGCCAACCAUCACAUGCAGUCCAUCUCCUUUGCUUCUGGAGGAGAUCCAGACACAGCAGAAUAUGUAGCCUACGUAGCUAAAGACCCUGUCAACCAGCGAGCGUGUCACAUCCUGGAGUGCUCGGAGGGUCUGGCUCAGGAGGUCAUCAGCACCAUCGGUCAGGCCUUCGAACUGCGCUUCAAGCAGUACCUGAAGAAUCCGCCCAAACUGGUCACCCCUCAUGACAGGAUGGCUCCAUUUGACGGUUCCGCGUGGGAGGAGGAGGAUGAAGAGGUGGCUCCACCCCCUGACGUCCCGUACUAUAAUAACUUCCCCGGGAAACAGCCCCCCCCUGGAGGCCUGGUGGACAUGAGGACCCGAGCGGGACACAGCACUGGGGCCACACUGCCCUAUGGUCAGAACGACAUUCACAAGCAGCCGCUGCCUCCCUUACCAGUUGGAGUGAAAGAAGGAGGGCGUGAAAUGUUUGAUGACCCUUCCUAUGUAAAUGUGGACAAGACCCGCCCCCCAACAUCAGCAGCCAAUGGCAACGCUCACAGAGAUGCUUUUGAUAUGAAGCCGUUUGACGAUGCGCUGGGCAUCUCGGGCUCGGUGGUGCUGCCCCUGGCCGAGCAGCUGCAGAGUGAGCCCUGGUUCCACGGCCCGUUGAGCCGCCGGCAGGCUGAGAGGCUGCUGACGCGCGACGGAGACUUCCUGGUGCGCGAGUCCGGCACCACACCGGGCCAGUACGUGCUGACGGGCCAGCAGGGCGGCCAGCCCAAACAUCUGCUGCUGGUGGACCCGGAGGGAGUGGUGCGAACCAAAGACCACCGCUUUGAGAGCGUGAGCCACCUGAUCAGCUACCACAUGGACAACCGGCUGCCCAUCGUCUCCGCAGGAAGUGAGGUGUGCCUGCAGCAGCCAGUAGAGCGCAGGCAAUGAGCGCCCACCCAGGGCCACGCCCGCAACCCACCGCCCAAUGAGGCAAGACCAGCAGUUGGCACGUUGCACCACCUUCGUCCCUCUCCCUCCACCUCCUCCUCCUCCUCACCUAACACUCCUUUGACUAGACUGUUGGUGGAAUCACUCCAUGUGAGGGUGAACUGCGCAAAAAAAGUCCUUUUAGAGCGAUGCAGUCAUAACUAAGAUACACCACAGGGAUGUUCCCCACCUUGGAAUCAAACAAAUGUUUCAAAGAAGAAGAAAAACCCGCCAAAAACAUGAUUUGACUGUGUGUCAAAUGACAUAGGUCAGUUGAAAACUGUAGUUAACUCCAAAGAGGACAUUUCAGUGAAAUACAGUGACAAAUGGCCUUUUAUAGCUAACCCACAACUCCAAAGACUUGUUGAUGUGAGGACGUUCUCAGCAAAAGGCUUUUGUUUUAUGUAUUAAAAAAUAAAAAACAAGAAUUAACUCAAGUCAAUGGAACGGAGCAAGCCAUCCACCACUGUUGAUGUCAAUGCCUCUAAUGAAUAUGCAUCCAUUUUCUACCUAGUAGACUCAGAGACAUUCACCACACACCCAUCCCCCUCAGCCCCAGACAGACCUGUGGGUCUGCAUCUGGCCAAAACACCCUAUCAGAAAGACUGUUGAGAUAUUUUUCUUCUUUUUCCUAUAGGAAAGAUGAACCAUAUGAACGGUCACUUUAUCCCCAAUUCAAAUCUGCUCCCCAUAUGCAAGCUGAGGGGGCUUGAGUGUUUUUUUUUUGUUUUUUUUUAAUUAAGUAUUGAUGCCAUGACACUUCCGGUAAAGUUUAUGGAUAAAGGGAUUUGUGUGGGAGACUAUGCUCUGUGCUUCCACAUCUGUUGGAUUGUCCUUGAGGAAACUAAGGAAGGAAUGAUGGGAAGAAGAACCUUCCUCACCACCUCCGACACCCACGGCCCUCUUAACCUUCCAGGGAUGCCUGAUCCUACCCCCUUACCACAUAGGACCCGCUUUUAGUCAGCCACUGAGAUGCCUGGUCUAAAUCACAGCCACCCCCCUCCCCCCUAAGGGCCCCCCCUCAGUGAUGCCUCUGCCAAAGCUGGAGCAGGUGAGGGUGCCCGGGUGGGUGCCCGGGUGGGUGCCAGGGUGCAACCAGGCCUGGGUACUCGGAGACUAAACACUGGCAAGGACAAUGCGAGCAGUUGGAGGAAGCGACUGCUGAGGGUGUAACCCAGAGAGUGAGACUAAAUACUGCGCUGCCCUGAGCCAAUCACGACUCAGCAUGGGCCUGUUUAUGAUGUCACCUCAAAGGGAAAAAAAAAUCAACAUCUGUACAGUGAUGUCAUAUGAAAGCGCCUCAAAUCGUCGCAAAAGAUUUAAGAAAAGAAAAAAAAAUCUUGGACUUGUCAAUUAAAGCCGUGUCGCCUUUUUUUUUUUUUUUGUGAAAGAAAUUCCAUGUUUUUUCAGCAUCGACAAUCUGUGUACAUAUGUGCAUGUAUGUAUCUUUUAGGGAAAACAUGAAGAGACUCCACCGUAAACAUACACACACAUACACGCGUGUAAAAUACAUACACACACAUACACGCGUGUACCUUCAGCCAUAUUUGCUUUCACGCUCGCACCAGAAUAUAAAAAUGCACGUUCUAUGAAACGUAGCAUUGCGCUCUGCAUCACAACUGCAUAUCUCGGAAGAGAGAAGAAGACAAGAAGAGAAAUUGAAACUUCAAGUGGAAUUCAGCAGAUUGAAUUGCGCAGUGUCUGUGGAGGAAAGGCGACAGUGAUAUUCUGCUCUCUUCUCCUCCCCCCAUCUUUUCUUUUUGUAUUUCUCUCUGAUUGUGCCUUUAUUUUAAGAGGAAACUGACCUGAGGUUGAAGUGUGCAGUAAAUCAGAAAGACAAUGACAAAGAAAAGAAAGCAUAUCCAGGUUAGAUUCAGGUGAUGGUAAUGCUUGCCCCCGAUUUCAAACUCUCCCCAUUUCAGCACACUCACCCUUCUCCUUACAAUGCUGGGGUGUUACUCUAAAAAAAAUAAUCAGUUACAACAGGAAUGCAUUUUUGUUUUUAUCAACGAAGUUCAUUUUAAUGUGGAACAUUUGGGUCGAUGACCAUUGUCCCCUCACUGGUGUAAUUGUGUGGUCAGUCAGAAAAGGCCUAUUCACAGGCAGACGGUCGCUGACAGUCAGUUAGGCCAUCCUGCCACCACGUUUAUACAGCAACACAAGCUGCUUUUAAAGAGAAGUUUGACAAUCUGUUUCAUUUGGCCACUCAAGCUAAAGCUCCUUUAAACACCAAAAAGUGUUUGGCUGGGAAUGUGCUUGAAACCUUAAAUGCGUAUAAUACCUCACAGUCUUGGUUAAUUUGGUCCGAUUUGAUUAUAUUUAAUUAAAAUUCCCAAUUUAUAGAAGAAUGUGUGAGCGCACCAAAAUAAUGACAUUGCAAUAGUUUAUAACUCUUAAAAAAAAAAAUGCUUGAUGGUGUGGUAUCACCAGUGGUCAAAUCUGAACUGUUACCAUGACAAUCAUGGUGUCACAAUUGGCAUGCAGCCAGCGGCAGUAGAGUGGCGUAAUGUUGUAGAUGAUGUAGAUGUAUUACUGUACAGAUAGCCAUCAUUGUAGUGUCUGUACUUUACCUUGACAGACUCUUGCCUCUUGCACAGGAAAACGGUUUGCUGUGUUUUUCUUUUUUUUUCUUCUUUUUUUUUUCAUUUGUUGUGCUCAUACAUUUUUUUUUCUGUCCUCAAAAGAAAAGAAAAUCACACUUUGCUCUGGUUUGGUCAAAGGUGGAUUUUGAAAAUGGGUCGUAAGGGCCUGGAAGGAGCGAUCUGGUGCCUUGCAGAAAUGGACUGUGUCAUGAGUCGAAGCGGAAAGAGUCAAUCGAUCCUGAUGGACUAAUGGAUGGAUUUAGCAGGGAUGAUGAGGGGAGUGAUGUCAUCCUGUCACUGAGGCCUUCAUUGCAUGCGAAACGAUAUCAGUGUUGUCGUGGUGAUGUUAUUGUUCUUUGCUGAUGUGUGUUGUAAUGUUAUCUUUCUGUUUCUAAUUUCCAAGCCAAAGGUUAGUUUUUGAGUUAGUCAGUACAGAUAUUUCUGUUUUAUUUUUAUUCUGUUUUAUUACCCUUUUUACAUUCUUGUGUUUGGGAAAAGUUCAUGUUUACACUUGUAUCUGCAAAUAUAAAAUCACAUAUAUCAACCAUC